UUCGCGCAGGUCUUCCUCUUGAAUGACCUCAGCAUCGUGACCGGCCAAUUAAAUUCCCCACAUAUUUAUAUUUAAAUCAGUGAAUUAAUUUAUUAAUAUGAUAAAUUAAUUAAUUAAAUUUUAAUAAAAAUUUAUUAAUCAACCCCCCAAUGGAUUUAAAAAAAAUUAAUUAAUUAAAAAAAAAUGUUGCGAUACAAAAUAAAUAAAAGACUCGUGUCUGAAAAUUUUAAUCCCUAUAAAUAAAUAAAUAAAUAAAUAAAUUAAUUAUAAAUAAUAAGAAGUUAAAAAAAAAAUAUAUAUAUAUAUAUUUGUUUAAAAAGUGUGUUAGUAAUAAUUAAUUAAUAAUGGAGUUAUUAAUGACAACGGAAAUAAAUAAUGAAUUAAAUUAUAAUCUGACAGAUGUAUCGUCAACAUUCCCGUCAAUUUCGAGCACUGAUGCUGCCUACAGAGUCGUUGGGUCGCGACGCGAUCCACUUUAUAUUGUUAUUCCAAUAACAAUAAUAUAUCUUAUUAUUUUUAUCGCCGGGAUUGUUGGUAAUGUGAGCACGUGCAUCGUAAUUGCUCGUAUUAAAUCAAUGCAUACCGCGACAAAUUACUAUCUGUUUAGUUUGGCAGUGUCGGACUUGUUGCUCCUGAUAUCUGGACUUCCGGCAGAAGUUUAUUUGGUCUGGUCAAAAUACCCUUAUAUAUUUGGAGAGGGUUUUUGUAUAGUUCGAGGACUCGCGGCUGAAUGUUCGACGAACGCGAGUGUCCUGACCAUCGCGGCAUUUACUGUCGAGCGUUACAUAGCCAUUUGUCAUCCAUUUUUGUCACACACGAUGUCAAAAUUGUCACGGGUCGUUAAGUUGAUUUUGGUAAUUUGGCUAGUGGCGAUGUCUUUCGCGAUACCCCAAGCUCUGCAAUUCGGGGUAAUUAAGUACCCGGACAUAAGCCCUGAUGUUGUUAUCUGCACUCGCAAACGUCCGUUCAUAAAACACUCGUUUGAAAUAGCGACUUUGCUUUUUUUUAUCAUACCCAUGACGCUAAUUACGGUGCUGUACUCAAUGAUUGGACUGAAGUUGAGAAAAUCUAAUAUGAUGAAGAAACGCAACAUCAGAAAUCAAGGAACGCGGAGCUUACAGGAGAGCAAAAAAAAAAAGUGGGACACUAGGAAUACGGGUAAAUCUUCACGCAGAGUUCUUAAGAUGCUUGUUGCUGUCGUCGUUGCAUUUUUUAUAUGCUGGGCACCUUUCCACGUCCAGCGUUUGAUUGCGAUCUACGGAACAGACACUGAUCAAGUGACAUCAAAAAAUAAAUGGAUGACAUUUCUCUACAAUGUAUUCACAUAUCUUUCAGGUGUCUUGUAUUACGUUUCCACUACCAUCAAUCCAAUUCUAUACAACAUUAUGUCCAAUAAAUUUCGCGAAGCUUUCAAGGAAACAUUAGCUAAAAGUUGCGGUGGUUCAAGAUCGUCGAGUAACUUGGAGCAAAGAUCAUAUUCAAGUUUAUCACGUUCGCAACAAAGAACUUUAGGCGGCGGAAAUUUUGGUUCACGUACAACAGCCGGUACAGGAAUUGGUACUGGAGUUGGCCAAGAUAGCUCCGAGGGUUCUGGUAAUUCCAUACGUGAUGAGAAUAAUCAGCGGCAUCAAACGACAGUCUCACCGGUAGAUAGCAAACACAGUGAUAUAAUACGAGUUAACUCAUCAUCAUCCCAGCGUAAGAUUGAUAAUCCCAAUAAUGAUAAUUAUUAUUUAAAUAAAAAAAAUAGCAAAAAAUACUGUGACCAGUUGGAGACUGGCAAUGCCGAGUCGACCUUAAUUAUUGACAGCGACUGUCCGCGACAAGGUAAUAUUAAUAUUAACAAUGGAACCAAUGAGAUUAACAAAAAAAAUACUGACAGAAAUAGUAACAGUCGAUUAAUUAACGGCGAUGUCUGUCAUCAACAAAGACUCGCUGGUGCUAAUGAUGAGUAUUUAAUUGGUAAGAGACAGGAGCAGGAUAAUAACAAAUCAAAGUACUUUGGACUUAAGGCCAGCAAUGAUAAAAAAUUGUGGAGGUUUUUAAAGUGGCUACCAACUGGUGGUGUUUUUAAAUUCGCAAAGAGCUCGACCCGAAAUUGCGGGGAGUCGGUUGUCAGUGACAUUGAGAGUAAUCGCGAAGAGUACUCGAUGACUACUUGUUAUGUCGCUGGCGAGCACAGACUCGUGUAGGAUUUUUUUUAAUUUACGAGCGAAAAAAAAAAGCGCAAACAUGUUUUGAAAAAAUCGUUACGUUUUUUUUUAAUACUGCAGUAAAAAUUUUUUUUUAAUUAAUAGUCAGGCAGGACACAAUUUUUACUGUUCUGACAUUAUUUUUUUUUUUUUUUUUUUGUGGUUUGAAAGUUGUCAUGUAUGAGGGCCGGGUGAAAUGGACACAGAAAAAAUUCAAUUUUUUUUUGGACUCGGGCAUUUAUUAGAGGAAAUAAAAGUAAUUUUGGCAUCAAUUUUUUUUGGCCAACAGAAGAAUAAUUAAAUUUUUUAAUUACGAAUUCAAAAUUUUUUGACUAUGAAUUUAAUGAUUUUAUUUUUUUUUUUAAAUAAAACUGUAAAAAUAUAAAACUCCAAAGUUCGAGGACUGCAAGAGAUUUAUAUAAAAUAUAUAUUUUGUUAUACUUUGCCCUGAUUUUUUAAGUUUUAUAUACAAAAUAAAAAUUUUGAAUACUGGUCAUGUCAAAAAAAAUUAUAUCAAGUAAAAAAUUUCGCAGCGUGAUAAUAAAAUUUUAGAAAUUUUUCGUCAAUUUCUUAUGAUCCUGAAGUUAGCAGCCAAUAAGUAAUUUUCGGAUUUUUUUUUUCAACAAAUUAAUUACAAAAAAUCAAAAAAUGCACACAUAGAAAAUUUAAAAAACUAUAGGUGCAAUU